CGACACACACGCGCAACGUCCGAUGUUGGUUCCGUAAUUACCAAUUCCGUAUAUUGUCGAUAGCGUUGUCGUCCCGUGCGCUCGUGUCGUCUGCGCUCACCGUCGAGGCAUCAACGCCGCCGCCGCCCCCCACCGACGACGACGGCUCGCAAUCAAUUCCCGUCACGAUUGCCCGACAAAGUCCGAACGCAACUGCAGCCAAGUACAAAUUUGCAUGGAAUUGUAACUGUGAUACUCAACCAAAAAUCAAGAUUUCGCGUAGUUCAUAUUUACCUGUAAGAGUCUACCGUAAUACACCUAUAGUGGUGUCUCAUAUUAAAAUAUCCAGUUUAACGUUGGAUAAUAGGGAGGAAGAGACAUAUUCGUCCCCGCAGGUGACACGUAAAGACACGACGGACGUCUACGCAGAACGCGGGGGUGCUUCUCGUGUCUUCGGAGGAAGGGACGACGCCCGUUCCGAAUCCAAUCAGCAACCGCGUUGGAUACCUCCCUCGAUAAUCAGACGCGAUGCACUCGCCCAAGAGGACGCUAAUGAUGCCGUGUUUCGCAAGGUGCGCGGCAUUCUUAAUAAGCUUACGCCUGAUAAAUUUCAAAAACUGAGUGAUGAUAUUUUACAAAUUGGCUUAAACACCAGUGUUGUAUUGAAGGGUGUCAUAUUUUUGAUUUUUGAAAAAGCUCUCGAUGAACCUAAGUAUAGUUCUAUGUACGCACAGCUGUGCAAACGGCUUAGCGACGAGGCAUCAAACUUCUUAAUUGACCAAGAUCCAAACACUUUUCGCGAAUUAUUACUAAAAAGGUGCAAGGUCGAAUUUGAUAACCGUUCUAAAGCAACUGCUGAGUUUGACAAUGACAAUGGAACACCAUUAUCUCCAGAAGAUGAAGAACGACGACAGGUGGCUAAGCGCAAGAUGUUGGGCAACAUACGCUUCAUCGGCGAACUUGGCAAGUUGGAGAUCGUGGCGGAACAAAUAUUGCACUUGUGCAUUCAACAGUUAUUCCCGAGGAAGUCCAAUGUCAAGGACGCGGCGGAGGACCUCGAAUGCUUGUGUCAGAUAAUGAAAACAUGUGGUCGCAUAUUGGACACGGAAAAAGCAAAACCACUGAUGAAUCAGUAUUUUGAUAGAAUUGCUCAGUAUGCUGAAAAUCCUGAACUGCCAUUGAGAAUCAAAUUUAUGUUGUUGGACACCAUGCAAUUGAGAAAGGACAACUGGGUACCACGAAAAGCUACUACCACAGAAGGUCCAAUGCUCAUGGAUCAGGUGACUGAUAUUGUGAGUGGAGAAACUAAUGGGCAGAAUCAGAGAAACAACCAAAUGCAAAAUGUGAAUCAGUCUAAAGAAAUGUUCAGACGUUCACUAAAAAUACGAGAUGAUAUGAUAAGUUCUACUCCGGUAUUACCAUUCAAUUCUACAAUGCCAGAUAAAUUUAAUUCCAUAAAUGGUUUUACCAAUUCUGGUAAUUACUAUAAUGUAAAUGGUCAUAAAAACCACCAACGACUAUUAAAUAUUAACUCUGGCAAUAACUAUUAUCCACCUGCUAGAAUAAACUAUACUAUUAAUACCCAGCAAAAUAAUAAUAAUACAAAUAAUAAUAUGAACAAUAACAAUAUGAAAGAUCUUGGUCCAAAUAUUAAAAAACUUUUGCGUGUGCAACAAGGUACUAAACCAGAAGAUAUGUCCUUACGUCCAGCUGCAAAUAGUAUGUUAUGUAAACAAAUUCAAAUAAAACCACCGCCAUUAUCUAUGACUCACAUAGGUCAAUCAAAUCAAAUAAAGUUAACAGAAGUACAACAGAUUCAAAUUAAACAAAAUUCACACGAUAAGCAUAAAAACAUGAAAAAAGAUAAGGGAGUUUCUAAAGAAGAAGCUAUAAAGAAAGGAUUAGACAUUUUGGAUAAACUUGGCACAGAUCCAUCCAUGGAUGCAGCGAAAGCAGCAAAAGCAUUUGCAGAUAUCAAAGUGCCUGAUAGGUUUUUAGCAGACGUUAUGUAUGUUCUCCUUUUUGAACGGUUUCGCAAAAGAGUUGAUUUGGAUGAAGAAUUAUUAUUCCGUUUCACUCAAGAGACCAAGAAACAAAGUAUUAUUUCUGAAUCUAUAGCUAUAGAUUGUCUAAAACGUUUUAUAUUGAAAGGACCUGAGUAUGAGUCCGAUGAUGAUAAAACAUUAUAUAAACGUUUUUCCAAAUAUGCUGCUGAAAUCUGUCAAAAUGUGUCUUCUAUUUCAGAACUAGCUGAGGUAUCGGAGAAUGGUAAAAGAUAUCCAGCGUUCUUAAUGGUCUUGCAAGAUUUAAAUGAAGUCAUAGGAAAAAAUGAACUAACAACAGUGUUCAAAGAAAGUAAAGUUAAUUUACUAAAUACUUUACCUGAAUCUUUAAGAACUAAAGAACAGCUUGCAGAAAUUUUACAAGAACGUAAUCUAACUUUCCUAUUUCCAUUGCUACGUAUACAAUCUGACUUGUGGAAACAAAUAACUAGUGAUCCAAACCCAACACAAUUUUAUAAAUGGAUUAAAGAAAAUUUAGAUCCAGUCCAUUAUAUAGAUCCUGGUUUUAUUACAGCCUUGACCACAGUGAUGGUCAAAUUUAUAACACAAGAGACCAAUAGUAUAGAAGUAAAUGCCUCAAAAGCUGAUUUGGAAAAAGAAAAGAGCCUUCUAGAAAAAUUCAAGCCAAUAAUGAGAACAUUUUUUGAUGACCAAAAUGAUCUACAAAUGAAUGCCAUCUAUGCAUUACAAACAUAUUUUUUUUCACUUGAUUUCCCGAAAGGCUUAUUGCUAAGAUGGUUCAAUUUGAUGUAUGAGUUGGAAAUUGUUGAAGAGGAAGCUUUCUUAAAGUGGCGUGAAGAUGUAACCGAUGCAUAUCCGGGCAAAGGCAAAGCGUUAUUCCAAGUAAACACUUGGCUAACUUGGUUGGCUGAGGCAGAAUCUGAAGACGAAGAAGACGAUGACGAUUGAAAUUUUAGUUAAACUAAUUAAAUAUCAUUCUAUUAUGGUUUUUGGUCCUCUUGUGUAGCUCUAAUGUUUGUUUGUUUUUUUUCUACAAAACUUUUAUUUUCUUUUGUGUGUGCCUUGAUUAUGGCAUUUAAAUCACUUAUACUGCCACCAGUCUUAUGCUACUAGUAAAAUUAUUAAAUAUGACACUACAUUAAAUAAAUUGACAACCUCUUAUUUAUAUAUUAUAAUUUUUAAUCCAUCUAAAGAAAAAUUACAAAUGUCUGUGUUAUACUCUAAAUUAUAUUAUCUCAUUUUGGUUUAUUA